UUCCGGCCAGUGACGCACUUCCACUUUGCUAGGCGCGCGGUUCCCGGUCUGAAAAGCAGAACGCGGAUUUGGCUGGGGCCUCGCGGCUCCGAAGCCCGGCAUGGCCUCCUCACGAGCCUCCUCCACGACAACCAAAACUAAAGCACCUGACGAUUUAGUUGCACCUGUUGUGAAGAAACCACACAUCUAUUAUGGAAGCUUGGAAGAAAAAGAGCGGGAACGCCUGGCCAAAGGAGAGUCCGGGAUUUUGGGAAAAGAAGGACUCAAAGCUGGCAUUGAAGCAGGAAAUAUUAACAUAACGUCCGGAGAAGUAUUUGAAAUUGAAGAGCACAUCAGUGAGCGGCAGGCAGAAGUCUUGGCAGAGUUUGAAAGAAGAAAGCGAGCCCGGCAAAUCAAUGUUUCCACAGAUGACUCAGAGGUCAAGGCUUGCCUUAGAGCCUUGGGAGAACCUAUCACACUUUUUGGAGAGGGCCCCGCUGAACGAAGAGAAAGGUUAAGAAAUAUUCUCUCAGUGGUCGGGACUGAUGCCUUAAAAAAGACCAAAAAAGAUGAUGAAAAAUCUAAGAAGUCAAAAGAAGAGUAUCAGCAAACCUGGUACCAUGAAGGGCCAAAUAGCCUGAAGGUGGCCAGAUUGUGGAUUGCUAAUUAUUCACUCCCCAGGGCAAUGAAACGCUUGGAAGAGGCCCGUCUCCAUAAAGAAAUUCCCGAGACAACCAGGACCUCCCAGAUGCAGGAGCUGCACAAGUCUCUCCGGUCUUUGAAUAAUUUCUGCAGUCAAAUUGGAGAUGACCGGCCGAUCUCCUACUGUCACUUCAGCCCCAAUUCUAAAAUGCUAGCCACAGCUUGUUGGAGUGGGCUCUGCAAGCUCUGGUCUGUCCCUGACUGCAGCCUCCUUCACACUCUUAGAGGCCAUAACACAAAUGUAGGAGCAAUUGUAUUCCAUCCCAAAUCCACUGUCUCAUUGGACCAAAAAGAUGUCAACCUGGCCUCCUGUGCUGCUGAUGGUUCUGUGAAGCUUUGGAGUCUUGACAGUGAUGAGCCAGUGGCAGAUAUUGAAGGCCAUACAGUGCGUGUGGCUCGGGUAAUGUGGCAUCCAUCAGGGCGUUUCCUGGGCACAACCUGUUAUGACCGUUCAUGGCGCUUGUGGGAUUUAGAGGCUCAAGAGGAGAUCCUACACCAGGAAGGCCACAGCAUGGGUGUGUAUGACAUUGCCUUCCAUCAAGAUGGCUCUUUGGCUGGCACUGGGGGACUGGAUGCAUUUGGCCGGGUUUGGGACCUACGCACAGGACGCUGCAUUAUGUUCCUAGAAGGACACCUGAAGGAAAUCUAUGGGAUAAAUUUCUCCCCCAAUGGCUACCACAUUGCCACUGGCAGUGGUGACAACACCUGCAAAGUGUGGGACCUCCGACAACGACGCUGUGUCUACACCAUCCCCGCCCAUCAGAACUUAGUGACCGGGGUCAAGUUUGAGCCUAUCCAUGGGGACUUCUUGCUCACAGGUGCCUACGACAACACAGCGAAGAUCUGGACCCACCCAGGCUGGUCUCCACUGAAGACUCUGGCUGGUCAUGAGGGCAAAGUGAUGGGCCUAGACAUUUCUUCUGAUGGGCAGCUCAUAGCCACUUGCUCAUAUGACAGAACCUUCAAGCUCUGGAUGGCAGAGUAGGCAAGACCAUGGGAGAACUCAGACCUUGUGUUCUCACUAAGGAGCCAUUUUCCUCAAAGGAAAAGAAUUGUGUUGUGUUCUAUCAUGUUUCCUGCCAAAUACCAUGUGUAGGAUUGGAUUUUCACGUCAGCCUCACUUUAAGCCAGUCUUUAGGUGAUAUCAAGCCGUUCGUGGUUAGAACGCAGUUCUCAUCUCGGAUUCUGCCGUAAACUGUAGACAUUCUGUAGAUUCAACACUUUUCAAUGCCCUCCCCCCUCCCUCCUCAGGAUUGUGACUAGUCUUUCAUUUUUAAUUGGUUUUUUUAUUUGGCAUUUUGAGACAGAGUCUGUAUGUGUAACCCUGACUGUCCUGGAACUUGGUAUAUAUGUCAGGAAGCCUCACAUUGUAAGUGAUCCUCCUGUCCCUGUCUUUCAAGUGAUGGCAUUACAGAAAUGGACUGCUGUGCCUGGCAGCUGUGGGGGUUUUUUUGGUUGAACUUGGCUCUCUAUAACAUGAUAUGUGCGUGGGACUACAUGGGAUUCAGCAAGCAAGAUAGAUGGACUGGAUUUGAAAUCUCCCCAGUUACAAGGGCAUGUCGCUGCCAUUUGUCGAGCAGUACCUGGUUGCAGGCUCCUUUUCUGCCCCCGAGAAUGAGACCAGAGCCAUAGAGUGCGGCUGUGUGAUGGUUCCACAGUAAAAAAGACCUCUUCUGUGACGCACAGAGGAUGUUCACUGCAUUGGGAACUCAGAACUGCAUGCUUGGCCUUGUUAGAGCCAAGUUAGAGCCUCUUCCUUUGGCUUUGAAGUUUGGCAUCCUUAAUGAUAAAACAAUCUGGCCAUUGUAUCCAGAUUCAAAGGAGUUUUUAAAAACAAACAUGAUGUCUGUGUUGUACAACCUCCUUCCUGUUGGUUAUUUAAAGGGUGUAUUUUAUGUAUUAAAGAACACUUAAUGUCAAAGUAA